UGUGGGAUGUGGGCCACCCUACAGAUCGAUCUCUUACCAAACAGGACAGAGGCUUUAUGGUGAACUGGGGCUUCAGUCUGGCCUACAAUCACAGGAGGUGGGUCCACGCUCUAACUUGUGCUGUGAAAAGUUGGACUGCAUCUUUGGAAAUAAGUAUCACCAGCAAACAAAGAGGAACAGAUUGGUUACUAGGUGGUUCUGAUAGAAGUCCUCUCCUGAGUGCCAAUGAGACCUGUUUGCAAGUUGAGAUGCUGCUCUGGAAAGCGCAAAUGACCCACGUUCUUUGAUACCCUCAGAAGGAUCAUGGGAUCGAUUAACAUUGGAAAGGCUGCGACAUUGAAUGAACUGUUACAUGCCAGCAUUGACACAAUCGAUAAUGAAGGAGAGUUGAGUAACAGCCAAGUGCCGAGGAUGGUGCUCCUCAUGCAUCGAUGGUACCUCCCAUCCACUGAAUUGGCAGGAAAGCUUCUACUGAUGUAUCGAGAAGCUUGUGGCGAGGAUUGCAAUGAUUUUCGCCUCAAAAUCUGUCACUUAAUGAGGUACUGGAUCUCGGAAUUCCCUGCUGAGUUUAACUUGGACCUUGGUUUGGUUCAUCUGACGGAGCAGUUUCAGGAACUGGCUAGCCAGCUAGGGUAUGAAGAACACAGUAAACUCAUCGACAUCUCCAGCAUUCCGUCCUACGACUGGAUGAGACGUGUAACUCAGCGUAAGAAAGUCUCCAAGAAGAAAGGGAAAGCUUCCCUGUUGUUCGAUCAUUUGGAGCCACUGGAACUGGCAGAGCACCUCACCUUCCUGGAAUAUAAAUCCUUCCGGCGGAUCUCGUUUACAGAUUAUCAGAGCUAUGUCACACAUCGCAGCCUAAUGGAUAAUCUAACCCUUGAGAGAUCCAUCGCCCUCUUUAAUGGCAUUUCCCAGUGGCUCCAGUUGAUGGUUCUUAGCAAGCAGACACCUGUGCAAAGGGCAGAGGUCAUCACCAAGUUCAUUAACGUGGCUCAGAAGUUGCUCCAGCUCCAGAACUUCAACACAUUGAUGGCCGUGGUAGGAGGCUUGAGCCAUAGCGCAAUAUCCCGCUUGAAGGAAACCUUCUCCCAUCUUGCUCCUGAAGUUACAAAGGUUUGGAAUGAAAUGACGGAGCUGGUCUCUUCCAAUGGAAACUACUGCAGUUAUCGAAAGGCUUUUGCCGACUGUGAGGGCUUUAAGAUUCCGAUUCUCGGAGUUCACUUGAAGGACCUGAUCGCAGUUCAUGUAGCUUUCCCAGACUGGGCAGAUGAUAAUAAAGUGAACAUUGUCAAAAUGCAGCAAUUGUAUGUUACGUUUAAUGAACUGGUUUCACUUCAGGAUGCAAAUCCUCACUUAGAACCAAAUAUGGAUUUAAUACACCUAUUAACACUGUCCCUGGAUUUGUAUUACACAGAGGAUGAAAUCUAUGAACUGUCGUUACUCCGUGAACCAAGGAAUCCAAAAUCAAUGCCAAGCACACCAACCACUCCAAACAAACCAGUGGCACUUGUGGAUUGGGAACCUGGACUGACGCCAAAACCAGAUCCCACCAUCAUUAACAAGCAUAUCCGAAAGACAGUUGAUUCUGUAUUUAGGAACUAUGACCACGAUCAUGAUGGUUACAUCUCCCAAGAAGACUUUGAAAGCAUAACUGCCAACUUCCCAUUCCUGGACUCCUUCUGCGUUUUGGACAAAGACCAGGAUGGGCGAAUCAGUAAAGAUGAAAUGAUGGCCUACUUCCUGAGGGCUAAAUCACAGCUCCAGUGCAAAAUGGGACCAGGCUUUAUUCACAACUUUCAAGAGAUGACGUACCUCAAACCCACCUUCUGUGAGCACUGUGCAGGAUUUCUCUGGGGUAUAAUCAAACAGGGACACAAGUGUAAAGACUGUGGUGUCAAUUGCCAUAAGCAAUGCAAAGACCUGCUGGUGUUGGCAUGCCGGAAACUGCGAAAGAGCACAUCUCUAGAGAGUCCUUCACCACCCUCACACAGCCAUGGCUCUCUGCCCAGCAGUCCGGCAAUCCUGUCCUGUGGAAACGUUCAGGAUGCAGCCGUGUUCAACUUUCCCCACAGCACCAGUAACCAGGCCAUCGACGGCAGGUCGAUCACACUAAUGACUGGCUCAGCUCAGAAGAUCUCGGUGCGCUUACAGAGGGCCACGGCUAGCCAGGCCACACAGACGGAGCCGCUGUGGCAGGAAAGCGGGUGGGCCGCGGGCGACUCAGGGUCACACACCUUCCCAAAGAUGAAGUCGAAAGGCGGAAAGAGUAGGGGCUUUGCCAAGUGGGAAAAUGAGAAGCCCAGCAGAUGUGCUAAGACAGAAGAGGAACACGAACCACUGCAGAAUGGGACAGAGAUGGAUGAAGAAGAACAGUGAAGGUGCAUUCCUCAAGGUAAAAACCAAGCAUGCACAAUGCAUCAUCAGAUAUUAUGGGAAUAACAAGCAAUUGGUUAUGUACUCAGGGUUAAUAUUAACAGGAUAUUUAUUCAUUGACUACCUUGUGUGUUUGAUGAUUUGUCAUUCUUCAUCCUGUACAAAUUGCUCAAACCAUUUUCUGUCAAGUGUCAAAGUGGUGAAGACUUUAUGUUAAUCUGUGGUUCCUUCAUGGAUUUACUUAUUAAUCAAAACCUUCCAGGCUUCAAAUACCUGCACCCAUCAUGUCCCAACUGCUACACUUCACAAGUGAAUCGCAUAUCGAGUGCACGACUAAUUGAAGAUGAAAUAUGACCGUGGAAGAGCAAACAUCAGAACUGAAAAUGCAAUAAUUAGAAAGUGUGAAUGCAGGUGGAAAAUCUUCGACAGGAAGCCACAAGCAAGCUGUUCCUGUGCUGUAGCAUUCUAUAAGCACCCAGCAACAAUCAACAGGUGACCAAUAAAAACAAGGUCAGCCAGGAAAAUGCCCCCAAUUUGUUGGAAAGUCUGGCAGUUGUCCUGGAAUGGGAUUCCCACUUUUAAGACAUUUUUAUGAGAAUAAUUUUCUCAGUAUCACUCAAAAGCCAAGCCACAAACUAUUGAACUUCUGAGAUUAUUCAGCUGGGACAAACAAUAUAGAUUACUUUAUUCAAGCAGCUGUUACUCUGUACAUUCUACAUAUAAGGCCAGGAUAUUUAAAGAUGAAGGAAGAGUGAUGAGAAACAUUAGAACUGGAUACCAUAGUCAUAGUUUGAACCAAAAGAACCCACGAUCUCUGAUACCAAUCCUUUUGUAUGGUAUUUUAUCCUGAAUUAGUCAAGUUUCUCUGAAUAAAGUUGAAAUGAAGAUGUGGGGGCAGAGUUUCCUCUCUACUGCAGUGGCAGUGUAACUUCGAAGCACUGUGACAGGCUGAUAUUUUUUCCCCUGGGAUGAGAUCCGAUACCACUGAGAUACUGUCCCGGGUGGUGGGGAGGAAAGAUUGCUCUGCAAUUGGAUAAAAAUGAAUGUAAUAUUGGAUGUUCCCACUUUAUUUAAUGCGCCUGCUUGUCCUUUGACUGGCUGCACAAGGUGAGCAGCCCUAUUUCUAAGGUUGCCCUACAAAAUUCUGCUCCCCUGCCAGUUCUCAUGGGCAAUAUGGGACGUUGCAUUCCUGGCUCCCAGUGCUUCCAAGGUACAAAACUUGGAAAAUACAAGAUGUUGGAGGGAAGGACUAGAUAGAUAUUAGAGCAGGAUAAAAUGUCGGCACAACAUCGUAGGCCAAAGGGCCUGUACUGUGCUGAUAUGUUCUAUGUGUGACAUAGAGUUAUGGCACACUCUCCUGGACAUAUUGGAUGAUUGUGAAUUGUCAGAUCAUUUCACACUGUACAGGACUCUUUUCCAUUGCUUCCACUGGUAUCACUUCCAGUGAUGUGGAGGAAGGGCCUUCCUCGUGAUCCUCCUCUGCUGCCUCGCCCAGCUUACAGAGGUUCACUGACGUAACCGAAGAAGGAGGGCUGCCCUCAAGAUGGCUUCUCACUGGGAAAUUGUCUCAGUGCAUCCAGGCCAGGCUGCAGCAUUGCAGAAGGGGGCUGGCUGAGCUGUUGAUUGCACUCAGACAGACUGUCUGAGGGAAAACAAUGGGAAAGUGCUUGAAACAAGAAACAUAUCACAGAGAAAUUAAUCAAUGUCACUGUCUGCUCAGCACAACUCCCUGUCACCACCCCAGGUCAAGAGGCUUCCACAUGCCUUUGUGUUAGAGAGCUAAUCCUCCUCUCUGGCUUGUUCUUACUGGCUUGUCAAAGCAUGCAAUAUGAUCAAAGCAAGGUGAGGAGUGUUUGUGUUGAAGGAACAGAACUUCUCCAUCUUGGGCCACAAAUCUCAUGCAUUCUUAUUCACAAAGGGGAUAACCUGAUGUAGAAUAAGGCAUUAUUCAACAAUGUCCUGUCGUCCUAACUGGUGUAGAGCCCCACCUGCUGCACCAAUGUGGCAUUGUUUCUAUUAACCUCUCCUGCCUUUCUGUAUCCCCUCAAAGAUCGCAAAUUGUGAAAUCUAGCUUUUGGCUUUUACCAAGAAUAACUAGAUUGAAACCAUUUGAAGUCUUAUAGAUAGCAGAGAGGUGCAUCACGACUAUCUGGGCUCCAUUAAAACUCAAUCUUUAAAUGAAAGCCUUUGCUUAGCAACAUCUGAUUUUCCCCAAAUUGGAUCCGUUUGAUAUACACUCCUGGUUGGUGUUACCUUUUGGAUCCAGUUGAUACAGGCUCUCAAGCAAAGCUAUUUCCAAGCAAGUUCAGAUGGAACAAAUCAAUGGAUACUGACCCACUGAGGAAUCUUGUAAAGGUUAAUUGUAAAGGUCUCACUAAACUGGGAUGUCCAUUCAAACCUUUUGUUAAAUGUUUUGUGGUCACUAUAUUAAUAAUCAACAGCUUCAGCUGUCUCCAAUGCAGAGAAAGAGUGCCUUCUAUCUCAGGAUAUUCCAAAACUGUCAAUGAAGUAUUUAUUGAAGUAUAGUCACUAUAGAAAAUGCAAAUAAUCCUAUGAUUAAACCUAUAUUGUUAGCAUGAUCCACUGUGAUAGAAAGUGACGCAGGAGCAUGGUGGACAUCCUACAUAUAAACAUAGAAGAAAGUGAACUUCUGUUCAGCCAAUGGCCACUAAUCUUAGCUAUUUGGUACAAGAAGAUUCACUUGAGUUCAUAAAUGAACUGGAUCUCAUGAUAUGCCUGAGGUAAAAGGUUUGGUGAGUUGUCAAAGCAUAGCAAAAGCCAAAAAGUUGGUUUGCACCCAAAGUUGGCUUAAAGUGAAUAAACAUCAAUGUUUAUAACUUGGCAUGCUGCAAAUCUCAUGUUAAAGACAACAUGGGUCAGGAUGCUUACAUUCAUGAGGGAAUCUGGAACUAAUGGGUAAAGUUUCAGGAUAAGGAGUUACCUAUUUAAGAUCAAGAUAAGGAGAAGUUUUUCUCUCUGCUGCCAUGAAUCUUUGAGUUUCUCUACACCAGAGAGUUGUAGAGGCUGAAUCACUGAAUAUCUCCAAGACUGAGUUAGAAAUAUUUUAGUCCUUAUAGGUGGAUCAAGGGUUCUUUAUAAUCCCCAAACCAUACAAACUGAAUCUUUACAGGCUGGAUUUGGCUCUAUUGACGUGGCAUCAGUAGAGCCAAGCUGCCACUUUCUAUGCAUGGUGCACAAUUUUAUCACCUCAAUUAGUAAUAACAAAACAUUAUACUUUUGACCUGCAAACGGUCUUUGAGGAUGUGACAGCACAGUAGAUCAGGGGGAACCAGUACAUGUGGUGCAUUUAGAUAUUCAGAAGAUUUUCAAUAAACUCCCACAUAGGGGAUUGGUCAAUAAGGUUAAUGUACAUGGAUUUGAUUAACAGAUAGAAAAUACAGAACUGGAAUAAGCAAGUCCUUCUCAGUGGAGAACUGCAGGAAUGGGUACUUGGGUCCCAGCUAUUCACAAUCUACAUAAAAUUUGGUAAAGAGGACUAAAUAUAUUUUCAUGUUUGCUGAUGAUAUAAAACUAGGUGUGAUAAUGAGUAUGGGGGAAGUAUAUAAAAGGGGUUCAGGGGAUAUGGACAAGCUGAGUGGGCAAAAGCAUGGUGGAUGGAAUAUAAUGUGGAAGAGUGUGAGGUGCACAAAAAAGGAAAGUUGAGUAAUUUUUAGAUGGUGAGAGAUUUGGUGGUGUUGAUGUUCAAAGGGACCUAGAUGUCAAGGUGCGCCUGUACAUAAGUCAUUGAAAGCCAACAUGCAGGUGUAAGAAGCAACUUGAAAGACAAAUAUUAGCCGUCAUUACAAGAGAACUUGGAUAGAAAAAUAAGGAAGUCUUGCUGCAAUCACAAAGGGCACCUCAAGUAUUGUGUAUAGUUUUGGUGUCCCUUGCUAAGAAAGGAUUUACUUGCCACUGAAUGAGUACAGUGCAUUCAGUAAACUGAAUCUAGGCAUGGCAGGUUUGCCAUCUGAAGAAAUGUUCAGUAGACUAGGUCUGUAAUCCCUAGAGUUUAGAAACAUGAGAAGAUCUCAUUGAAACUUAUGAAAUUCUUAUGAGGCUUCACGCUGGAAGCAGGGAGGUUGCUUCCCUGAUUGAGGAGUCUGGAACCAGGGGUCACGUUCUCAGAAUAAGGGGCAGGCUGUUUAAGAUUGAGAUGAAGAGGGAUUACUUCACACAGUGCAUGGUAAAUCUCUUGAAUUAUCUAUCCCAGAGGGUUCUGAGUCUCCGUGUCUGAGUUUAUUCAAAGGAGAUAGAUUUCUGGAUAUUAAGAAAAUCAAGGGAUAUGGGAUAGCUCAGAGAAAUGGCAUCAAGAUAGGUCACCCAUGACUUAAUGACAGAGAAGAAUCAAAGGUGCAGAUAGCCUACUCUUGCUCCAACUUCUUUCCAGACAGCUCAUCCUUGCUCCUAUUUCUUAUGUUCUUAAUCAUUUAUUUAUUAAUGCCUGCCGUGUUUCCUCAGGUGAGGGCAUCUAGGAUCGAUUUAGGUCUUUCAUUGAUUCUGGUGCAAAGGAAAAUCAUUUGGGCUUUGGAAUAUUGUGUUUUCAUUUCAAAUUUUCAACAGCUGCAGUAUUUUGCUUUUUAGAUGUUUUCUCUCUCCAAGUGGAUCCCAACUCAGCAUGUACAUUAGAGCUGAGAUGCAAUUUUGGAUUAUAGUAGGAUGCUUGAAGGGUCAGGUGGCUUACUGCAGUUCUUGUGCAUAUGCCAUUAAAGCAACUGUACAGCACAUACAACAAGAGCUUAAACUUAAUGUGUUCAACAUUUCAUUCUGAAGCCCAAUGUUUUGUGAACAUGUAUUGCCAGAAUGUAAUUGGCAACUGAGCCAUACAUUGCAUACUGACAAUAAACAAUGCCCCUUUUCCACUCUGCAUUAUUAUCCAUCAUAUUCUUUCAAUUUCAGUGAUUCUGUGGUCAGAUGAGGGAGGCGUAUACAAUCGUAUUUUAUUCUUGGAAAAUAAAUGCUGAUAAAUACGUUCCCAUCACUAUUUAUCUUCAGGUAGUAUGGGCCACACUGUUCAAUGAUUGUAUUGAGUAGCAUUAAGUAGGAAAGUGUGAAGUUUUGACAGUGAGAGAUAGCAAGGGAAAUGUAUCUCCCAUGACAUGCAAACUGGAGAUGAUGGUGCUGGUGAGUACAACCUUUCUCCUUGUCCUGCUCGAAGUAAAUUUGUGAGAUGCAAACUGCUAUGAUAGCUCUUGCAUCUGGGAUAAAAUGUGCCAACAAUAUAUGCACAUGAGAUUCCAAUAAAACAUUACUUUGUUCAAGCUAGAAUCAAAGAACUUG